AUGAAUUAUGAUAUUGUAGAAUUUAUUCGAUUGACAGAAAUAGAAGGAUUUGAUCCAAAUAAAAAAGUUACAAGUCUCUUUUAUCCUACAUCUAGUAUUUCAUUACUUGUAUCAUGUUGCUACUAUGGUUCUGUUGCUUGUUUUAAAUUUUUAAUAACAAAAUUCAAAUUAGAAAUAACUGAAGAAUGUAUUCAAUGUGCAUUUUUGGGUGGAAAUCCAGACAUAGUUAGUGCAUGUUUGAAAGAGCUAAAAAACAUAUUUUUCUUGAUGGAUUUUGCAAUUGCUUCACACAACAUCGAUUUUGUUUCUUUCAUGAUGAAUGAAUAUAAUAUAAAAUUCAAAUUAAUAGAAUCUGGGAGAUUCCACAAUCUUCAUGCAUUUUUAGUUUAUUAUGAUCAAACAAAAGAUAUUAACGGAUGUAUGGCAGCAUCUUCUCUUUUUGACAUCCCAUCACUUUGUGAAUAUUUCAUUUCGAAAGGAGCAGAUAUCAAUGCAAGAUGUAAUGAUAACACAGCUCUUCAUUUGGCAGCAAAAAAAGAUUGUAGCAAAGCAGCAGAAUUUCUUAUUUCAAAAGGCGCCAAUAUGGAGUUAAUAUGUCAAGAUAGAUACACUGCUCUUGAUUUAGCAGCUGAAAAUAAUAGCGUUGAAACAUUACGAAUCCUACUUUUGCAUGGUGCAAAUAUAAAUUCAAAAACUGAUAGUGGUAGGACUGCAUUACAUCAUGCUGCUUCAUUUAAUAAUAAAGAAGCAAUCAACAUUCUAAUUUCAUUUGGUGCUGAUAUCAAUGCCAAAGAUGAUUUUGGAUCAACUCCACAAUUAUCUUUUGACACUAUUACACAAAAACAAUGUCAAAUAUUUUGA